GUGAUGCUCAUGACGCAAGAAAGCACUGCCUGAUCAUCAACUGAUCCUCCAUAGCUCCCUGUUAGCACUGCAUGUGGCGGGUGAAGUCAGAAUGUUUGACUGCAGCUGAUGCGUUCAGCUUGCCUUGUGUAGUUCAGGGUGUUGGUUCACGGGACCAACAGCCGACCAAGAUAUAUUAACGGGAGCCUUGGGGUUCUCGUUUAGCUUUGACAGAGUCUUGUCAGAUUGUGCCUACGAAAAUAGUAGCUAUGGAAGAAGCUACCGAGUCGUGUGUCCCGAGCCAUGACGAGGGUUGCUGCUCGCACAGCAACAUGUGGGAUCGCGUGAAGAAGCGGUAUAAGCUCUGUGAUUUCAGCGCUCUUCCUGACUACCUGCGAGACAACGAAUACAUUCAUGGAUAUUACCGAGCUAACUGGCCUCUAAAACACACCCUAUGGAGCAUCUUUCAUAUUCAUAACGAGACCGGAAAUAUUUGGUCGCACCUUAUCGGAUUCAUCCUGUUCCUAAACCUGACCAUCUACACGGCUCAGAAGUUUCCGAGCGUGGUUGAGAUUCCGUUGUCCCACCUCCAUUUCCCUGAAUCCUGGGUCAACGCGACAGAAAGCAUCCAUGCACAUCUCCAGCACAUGGAGCUUCCAGAUUUCCGUCCCAUCCGGGACGCGAUCACCUCCAUGGAGUUUCCGAAUCUCAACGCCAUGUACAACUCCCUCCCACAUGUCGAGCUCUCUGGGAUUUCCGGAAUUUCGACCUCCAUUUACGAUGCGAUGCCUCACGUCCCUAACAUGCACGAGAUGCAGAGCAUGCUUUCAGCGGUCAUGAAGUCGAACCUUCCAGACCUAGACACGGCGAAGCUCCAGGCGAUGCUUCCUCACCUAGAGCUGCCUAAGCUCCAGCAGAUUCAGGCGGCUCUCCUGUGGUACUACGGCUGCGUCUAUCGCUACGCCAGCACGGCUAUGGAGUCCUCGCCGGCUCUGCUUACCAGUCCACUGUGGAAUGAUCAUGGCGUCUUUGGAAAUUGCUCUCUUUCGGAGAGCCCUUCGUUCGUGCUAGGACCAGUCAAGACCCACCGCAAUAUCCCCAUGUGGCCGUUUUUCAUCUUCCUCACGGGUGCCAUGAUCUGCCUGCUCUCCAGCAGCACCUGCCACCUCCUGGGCUGCCACUCCAAGAAAGUCUCCCAGAUCAUCUGGCGAUUCGACUACGCUGGAAUCGCCAUCCUCAUCUGUGCAUCCUUCUACCCGCCAGUCUACUACGGCUUCCUCUGCCACCCAUACGCCCAGCUCACCUACCUCAUCCUGAUAUCCCUUGGCGGUUUGGGAACUGUCGCUGCCUCUCUUCUCCCUGCCUUCCAAAAACCUAAGUACCGGGCUGUUCGUGCAGGGCUGUUCUUUGGACUCGGAGUCUCUGGUGCGAUUCCGUUUCUCCACGGCCUGCUGCUCUACUGGCAUGAACCGUUUCUCGUUACAACUCUCUUGUACGAGCUGCUUAUGGGAGCACUUUACGGCAUCGGAGCUCUCUUUUAUGCCACCAGGGUUCCGGAGCGAUGGCUACCUGGCAAGUUUGACAUAGCGGGACACAGCCACCAGAUCUUUCAUGUGCUUGUGAUUGCUGGGGCGUACACGCACUACCAGGCUGCCUUGAGAUACCUGCAGUGGGUAGAUGGCCGCACAUGCUGAACCCUCGUUUGAGCUGCCUCAAACUUUGUACAAUACCAACCCCGGUUGCCUUGAGAUACCUGCAUCCAGUGUCUGUUGGGCUGAGAAAUGCCCUUAGGAUCUUUCCAGAGACUAAGUCCUAGUUGUAAAGGAGACUUGAGUAGUGCAGCAGAAGUUGAGUAGUUGAACCCUU